GACGCCACCGCCGGAGCAGCGCUCCCAGCGGGCUGACAGCGAAGAGGAGGCGGUUGUUUGUUGUUUUUGCUGAAGGGUUUGGUCGCCGCUGUGCCGUUAGCGCACUUAUUGAAGAGCUACGAGCUAAAGAAGACCUUUUAAAGAGAUAUUUUCACCUUUAAAUUAAUCUUGAGUCGUGUUUAUAAUCUGCUGCAUCGAGCGAAAGGAGCCCGGAAACGGCAAACAUGAAAUGGAUGUUCAAAGAGGAUCACUCCUUGGAACAUCGAUGCAUAGAAUCAGCCAAAAUCCGCAACAAGUACCCUGACAGGGUCCCGGUGAUUGUGGAGAAAGUGUCCGGAUCACAGAUAGUGGACAUCGACAAGAGGAAGUACCUGGUCCCCUCCGACAUCACGGUGGCUCAGUUCAUGUGGAUCAUCAGGAAACGCAUCCAGCUGCCCUCAGAGAAGGCCAUCUUCCUGUUUGUGGACAAGACGGUGCCUCAGUCCAGGUUCAGUUUGUUCUCAGAAACACUGCAGUGCUCUUUCCGGUGGAAACAGACGAGGAAGUGAAAAUCACAUAAUGCUGACCGAACAACUCACAAUGUCAUAUUACUAAUGUGACUAAUACUACUACUGCUUAUACUGCUAAUAUUACUAGUACUAUUACUAUGCCUUUAUACUAUUACUGCUGCUGUUGUAACUGUAGACGUACAGCUAUUUCCACUAAAACUAAUAAUUGUACUACUACAUUUUCUACUACAACAACUAUUACUUCUACUUCAGUUAACUAAAUCAAUGAAACAAGGCAUUGCUAAAUAAAGAAAAAACGGAAUCUGAGUCCCAGUUUUACACUACACAAUACUUCUUAGCUGGUUUUGAUUAUUUAGUGAGUUCACAGUUGAAAAGUGAUAAAAGAAAUGAUCAUGCACACUUAAAAAUGCUUGAUUUCUGAGUGUGCUGUCAAUGCACACUAUACAAAAGAAUCAAGGGAGUUGCUCACAGCUACAAAACAAAAAGAAACCUAGUUGUAGCCGGUCUGCGACGGCUGCAGAAAGAUUAUUUCUGGAGAUUAUAAAGAAGUGUUAAUCUUUGGAAAAACAUUUAGAUUUUUUCAGUCCAGUGGCAUUCGAUUAUUCUGAAAUCAACAUCAUGGGAAGUUCAGUAUCUCUGAACCACAAGUGUGCAACUCAGUAUUUUGACGACUUAUGAACAGAAUCAUUCAUGGGAACAGAUGAGGAAGAGAAACAUACAACAGCAAAGAUUUCCACUCUGCACAUUCAUUCAUAUUAUUCAACUUCAACCUGCAAACUUAUCAUCACUACUAAUGCAACCAGUACUGCAAGUACUCCUGCUAAUGCUCCAACUACUACUACUGCCAUUAUCUAUCUGUUAUAUCUCUGCUACAGGGAUGUGAUUUACUGUUAAAGUGUCAAUGAAUUUAACUUAAGCACAAAGCAAUUCCAACCUUUGCCAAUUACUUGGUUAAUUUGCUGUAUUUAAAGCAUAAGGGGGUGUUAUUCUUUUUUAUUAUCAUUAACAAAUUCCAUAAAAAGACCAAAACCAACAAUGUGUUAGUCCAUCUCUCAACGCUUUCAUGCUUCCUGUCUGUGGCUCUCAAUGUGAGUCAGAAUAAACUACAGUGUGUGUGUUCAUGGUGAUGAAGCAACAUGUCACCCAGUGCAGCAGAGCGGCUCGCUGAUGUGUUUUUAAUAGUUUCUGGACAACAAUGGAGGAAGAAGAUCCAUCAGGCUGUGAUUCACACACACACAA